AUGAACAACUCACUUGACAACAACUCUGCGGCCGAUGCUCCUCCUUCUGUCUCCCAAAUUUUUCACCAGGAUGCCAUUGAAAACUUUCCUGAGAUAAUUAAUGCAAAACUCAAUGCAAAACUCAAUGCAAAAGUCUCUGAAAAUGCUAAUUUGGAAACAGAAACCAAAAAUUUCGUGUCGCUAGACUGGGAAAAAAUUGGGUUUUUCAAUGAAAACAAUGAUCCAGAUUCCUCUCCUGAAUCAAUCUUAUCAAAUUCAAAAAAGGUCGAAAACUACAUAAUGGAGACCUUCUAUUCUGACUAUUACAAAAACACUUCAAUCAUCAUCACUCUAUGUUUCUUCUCGUGGCUAAUCGCAUAUCUAAACAUUGGUGGUUUCAUAUCACUUUACUUAAUUUUCCUAAUCACGUCAAUCAUCUACAGGCUAUCUCUAGAACGAUUCAAAAGAAAUAUCAACGAUGACAUGAAAAGAUCCGGUUUAAAACAAAACCCAUCCAACGUUGAAUCAAUGGAAUGGCUAAACCAAUUUCUCCUAAAGUUUUGGAGAAUAUAUGCCCCAUAUUUUGAAAACUACUUCAUUUAUCUUGUCAAUCAGGCCUUUAUUACCAUAUCCCCCGACAUCUCUGCUAUUGAAUCUCUAACUUUAAAAAAAAUAGAUUUUGGUAACAUUCCUCCCAAAAUUAUCUCUGUCAAAUACUACCCAACUUUAUCUGACCAUUUUCACUUUCAAAUCGAUUGGAACUUCUCCUUUGACCCAAACGAUAACUUGAAUUUAAACAAGCUAGAAAUUAAAAAUAAAAUCAAACCAAAGGCUGAUUUAAUUGUCAAAAUAGGCAAAAAAUUCUUAUCCAAAAAUUUCCCUGUUCUUGUCGAUGAAAUAUCAUGUCAAGGCAUAAUCAGAACAAAUUUCAAACUAAGCAAUAACUUCCCCCAUCUAGACCUAAUUCAAGUGUGUUUUUUAGAACCUCCCGAAAUUCAAUUCAAUUGCAAGCAAAAGGCUCCUGUUGGUAAUGAAAACUUCGGUCUAGAUAUCGGCGCUUUCAUUCCAGGUAUAAGAUCUCUUAUAAUAGAGAUAACACAUUCCACUUUGAAAAAUUGGGUCUAUGCUCCAAACUCUUUUGACAUCGUUAUCAAAGACUGGCUAAUCCCCCCAGGCGAUGCCAUAGGCUGUUUGGUAAUCAACAUAAACAACAUCAAUUUAAACUCAAACGAUGAUACUUAUUUAAUAAUAUCAACUGAAGACACCAUUGUUUACGAAAAGGACUUUAUUAAACUAAAUUUCAAUAAAAAUAAAUCAAAAAAUAUUGAUAUCAUUAAUCCAAAAAGUAGUGAUUAUUACAAUUUCAAAAAUAAUAACAACUUUAUGAUUAAUAACGAAAAAAACUAUAUCGAAAACGGUCUUAAUUUCCCUAAAAAUUACUUGCUACUAACUACUUUAAGACAAUAUUUAAAUUUUGAUCUAUUCCGAGAUAAAUUCGGCAGAGAUAAAUUAAUUGGUAAAACAGAUUUCGAUCUAAAAAAUUUACUUCAAAAUGAUACCUACGAAAACAUAACCUCUUCUCUAGAAAUUAAUGGUAAAUACUCUGGAAAAAUCACUUUCUCCUUAAAAUGGUUCCCAGAUUUAUCAAAUAAAUACUCAACCGAUGGUAUCACUUAUGACGAUAUUUUAGCCUUUAAAAAGAGCCCUAUGACUGAAAUUGAUACCAAUUUAAGAAAUACAACUAAUUUAGAUACUGAUAUACUUUCAGAUAAUGACUAUGAUGACAAUAAUAAUGACAUUGGCUUUGAUUUUGAUUCAGACUUCUUUGACGAUGACGAUGACGAUGAUGAAUAUAGUGAUAACCACAAUAAUUCUCAGGGGAGUUUCGAUGCAGGAAUUUUAAAAAUAACUGUUCACGAAGCAAAAAAUCUAAACCACGAUUCAUCAUUAUUUGGCAUCCUAUCACCAUAUUGCGAAUUAUACUUGGAUAAUACACUAAUUGAUAAAUCAACAGUACAUAAAAGAAGUAAUGAUCCGGAGUUUCGAAAAGUCUUUGAGUUUUUAUUGCAAUCAAUGUCAUCUUCAAAACUAAAAAUUAGAAUUAGAAAUUCAUCCACUUCAUUCGAUGACCCAAUCGUUGCAAUCUAUAAAGUUAAUGCGGAAGAUUUAAUCAACAAAUUUAUUCAAGAUGACGAUAUUGAUUGGUUUGAUUGUGCUCCAGAGGGAAGAAUAAGAUUAUCAUUGCUUUGGAAACCUUUAGAUAUUCCAACCAUUUAUUCAAAUGAUUCAUUAUACAAAUAUAAACAACCGAUAGGAAUCAUUAAUUUAUUUUUACAUGAAAUUAUCGAUUUGAAAACUUCAAAAAAUUCUUAUCCAUAUAUUAUCAUUAAAUCAGCUGGUCAAAUUAAAUUCAAAACUUUGGCUCAUAAAAAUAACAGCAAUCUUUUCUUUGGCGAUAAUAUUUAUUUCCCUAUUUUUUCUGAAACAGAUAUUAUUACACUUGACAUUAUAAAUUCAAAAAAGAAGAAAAAAGACAGAAUAAUAGGUGGCACAAGUUUUAGUGUAAAAAAAAUAUUACUAAAUAAAAACCUGGUUUCUUUUCAAAAAUCCCCAUUAUAUCUUCAACAAAAGAUUAUUAUAAAGGGAUAUAUUAACUAUGAUGUUAAAUUCAUACCAGUAACAAGUGUGUUUGGACCAAUUGAAUUAGCACAACUUGAUGAACAAAAAGAACUUAAACAACUCGAAGAACAAAGGGAUUUUGAAGAAAAUUACCAUUUAUAUGAAGAAAAUCCAAAUGAAUAUGAAAUUGUUGAAGUCACUGAUGAUGAAGAUGAAGAAGAACUUCAAUUUAAUCAAAAAAACAAAGUUAGAAUGAGUCUAGAUGAAUUGGCUGAGCAUGAUUCUGGGGUUUUAGUACUAUAUUUUACCGAAUCAAUUAUAAAGUUUUCAAACUAUUUUUCAGUAUUUAUAGAUGACGUUUAUUAUCCUUCAUUUAUAUCAAAACUUACACCAGAAGGCGAAAUUAAAAUCAACACAGGGGAAAUUGUUGUUCGAGAUUUAGAAAACUCAAAAAUCACAUUUAGAGUGAGCAAAAAUUUGAAAACCCGAAAAUCAGAAACAAACAUGAUUGAGCAAUUUACUUGUUCAACAAAGGAGGUAUUAAUGAACAGUUAUAACAUGCCAUCUAAAAUAUAUAUGGGAGAAAAUUCUAUUGAUUUACAAUUAGAGUAUUUACCAUUAAAAGAAGAAUUAGAGGACGAUGAAAAAUUUUAUGAUAGUGGUAGUAUUAUUUUGACAAUUAAAAAGGGAGAAAAUUUAAUAGCAAGCGAUUUUAAUGGAAAAUCAGAUCCAUAUGUUAAAAUUUGCCUCAAUGGAUUUAUCCUAUAUACUUCGAACUUUAUCAAAAAAACACUAAAUCCUGUUUGGGAUGAAAAAUUCAAAUUUAGUGUGAACUCAAAGAGUAGAUGCAAACUCCAAGUUCAAGCAUGGGAUAGGGACAGAGGCAACGAAGAUGAUGAUCUUGGAAGUGGAAUAUUAGAAAUAAAAAAUCUUCAACCAUUUAUUACCAAAGAAUUAAAAGUUCCAAUAAAACUUGGAGAUAAGGAUGGUGGAUAUAUUUACUUUUUUGUUUUGUUUCUUCCUGAAUAUGUUGUCAGUAAUGGGAUGAUGAGCACUGUGGAGACUGGAGGUAUUUAUAAUACGGGAAAGAGAGACUCAUCUUUAUCUUUGAAAAAGAAAUUCUUUUCAGAACGCAAAGAAUCAGAAAAUAGCAGCAUCAGUCUGAAUGUUCUCAGCUUGUCACCGAAAUCCACAUUCAACUCAGAGUAUAAGUCUCGAAAUAGUGCUGAGAUAAUCAACGAUGUGUUUCUGGCUCUUCCUUCAAAAUCGGCUAAUUUGAAAGAAAAAAUUUCGAUGGAUUUCCAGAACCUCAAGGCAGUUACUUCGCAGAUUAGCAACAGGUCCAAGAAAACGAAAGAAAAGUUGAAUGGAAAUGUGGACGACAUCAAGGAAAAGUUCCUGGCACUAGGCAUUCGGCUCCCAAGAUCAUCGUUCACGCUAAACAAAGCCAGAAAGAGCCCGAAGGACUAG